AAGCGGCGGCGGCCGCGGCGGGGCGUGCGGGGCGCGGCGGCUCCUCCGCGGGGCCCGCGGGCGGCGCGGGGCGGCGGCGGGGCCCAGCGGCCGGAGGGAGCUCGGCGGGGCGCGGGGCGCAGGUGAAAAGAGAAGUAGUGCAGAGCCAGCUCUCAAGAAUGGCGCAGUUAACGUGCCCUGACUUAGGGGACAUCUCUGAUAGAAUGGACUCCCGAAGCAUUAUUCUCUAACUGUCCCUGCAGGUGAAGUUUUGAGUCGUAGAGUUGCAUUUCUUCUGUAAAGGAUGGAAGAAGUUAGUGUUAUCCAGCAUUCCUGCUGAGUAUAUAAUUUACUGCCACUUCUGAUCUUUGAAGAGAGAUUUAUCGCUUCCUGUGGCAAUACUGAAUACUCAAAAGAGUGAGUUCUGACCUCAGGAGCUGCAUGAAGAAUAGCCAGCAUGAAGAGAACAAAUCAGUCCAGGCAGAAGUGCAGAAGCGUCAAGAAAUAAAUCAGGAAGGUGAAAUGGAAGGUGAGGCAGUCAACGCUAUUGUGGAGGAAUCAGAAACUUUCAUUAAGGGAAAAGAGAGGAAAACCUAUCAAAGACGCCGCGAAGGUGGGCAAGAGGAUGAUGCUUGUCAUAUACCGCCAAACCAAGCAGAUGGAAGUGAAGUGGUGCAGGACGUCAGCAGUGGGGUGCAGAUGGUGAUGAUGGAUCAGCUGGAUCCGACUCUUCUUCAAAUGAAGACCGAAGUAAUGGAAGGUGCAGUGCCUCAAGAAGCUGAGGCUACUGUGGAUGACACACAGAUCAUAACACUUCAGGUUGUUAACAUGGAAGAGCAGCCUAUAAACCUCGGUGAGCUUCAGCUGGUCCAAGUACCUGUACCAGUGACUGUACCUGUUGCCACCACAUCUGUGGAAGAACUGCAGGGAGCUUAUGAAAAUGAGGUUUCCAAAGGAGGCCUGCAGGAGGGGGAGCCCAUGAUCUGUCACACUCUCCCUUUACCAGAAGGCUUCCAAGUUGUGAAAGUGGGUGCAAACGGUGAGGUGGAGACACUGGAACAAGGUGAACUUCAGCCACAGGAAGAUCCCAAUUGGCAAAAAGAUCCAGACUAUCAGCCACCAGCCAAAAAAACAAAGAAAAACAAAAAGAGUAAGCUUCGCUACACUGAGGAAGGCAAAGACGUGGAUGUCUCUGUAUAUGACUUUGAAGAGGAGCAGCAGGAGGGUUUGUUGUCCGAGGUUAAUGCAGAAAAGGUGGUGGGCAAUAUGAAGCCACCAAAACCAACAAAAAUUAAAAAGAAAGGUGUAAAGAAGACAUUCCAGUGUGAGCUGUGCAGUUACACUUGUCCGCGUCGUUCCAACCUGGACCGCCACAUGAAAAGCCACACCGAUGAAAGACCACACAAGUGCCAUCUCUGUGGCAGGGCUUUCCGGACAGUCACAUUGCUGAGGAACCACCUCAACACUCACACAGGUACUCGCCCUCACAAGUGCCCAGACUGCGACAUGGCCUUUGUGACCAGUGGAGAGUUGGUUCGGCAUCGCCGCUACAAACACACCCACGAGAAACCAUUCAAAUGUUCCAUGUGUGACUAUGCCAGUGUGGAGGUUAGCAAAUUGAAACGCCACAUCCGCUCGCACACUGGGGAGCGCCCGUUCCAGUGCAGCCUGUGCAGCUAUGCCAGCAGAGACACCUACAAACUGAAGAGGCACAUGAGGACCCACUCCGGAGAGAAGCCAUAUGAAUGUUACAUCUGCCAUGCUCGUUUCACUCAGAGCGGUACCAUGAAGAUGCACAUUUUGCAGAAGCACACGGAGAAUGUGGCCAAAUUCCACUGUCCUCACUGUGAUACUGUUAUAGCGAGAAAGAGUGACCUGGGUGUCCACUUGCGGAAGCAGCAUUCCUACAUUGAGCAGGGCAAGAAGUGUCGCUACUGUGACGCUGUGUUCCAUGAGAGGUAUGCCCUCAUCCAGCAUCAAAAGUCCCACAAGAACGAGAAGCGCUUCAAGUGUGACCAGUGUGAUUAUGCCUGCAGACAGGAGCGGCACAUGGUCAUGCACAAACGGACCCAUACUGGAGAAAAGCCUUAUGCCUGUAGCCAUUGUGAUAAAACCUUCCGCCAGAAGCAGCUGCUCGACAUGCACUUCAAGAGAUACCACGAUCCCAACUUUGUCCCUGCUGCCUUUGUCUGCUCCAAGUGUGGCAAAACAUUCACUCGCAGGAACACGAUGGCCAGACAUGCUGAUAACUGCUCUGGCCUAGAUGGUGGGGAAGGAGAGAAUGGAGGAGAGACAAAGAAAGGCAAACGUGGCCGAAAGAGAAAGAUGCGUUCUAAGAAAGAAGAUUCUUCUGAUAGUGAGGAAAAUGCUGAACCAGAUUUGGAUGAUAAUGAAGAUGAGGAGGAGACAGCAGUAGAAAUUGAGGCUGAACCAGAAGUUGAGCAAGAGGCUCCUGCACCACCUCCCAGUAAGAAAAGAAGAGGAAGACCACCAGGCAAAGCUGCUGCACAACCAAAACAAUCCCAGCCUGCAGCAAUCAUUCAGGUUGAAGACCAGAACACUGGUGAAAUUGAAAACAUUAUAGUUGAAGUGAAGAAAGAACCUGAUGCAGAAACAGCAGAGGAAGAGGAGGAAGCUCAGCCUGCUGUAGUGGAAGCUCCCAAUGGAGACCUCACCCCUGAGAUGAUUCUCAGCAUGAUGGACCGGUGAUGGAGGAAGACCACGUUGGCUGACUGAACUGGCCUGGGCUGUGUUUAAGCGGCUCAAAUCUAUUUUUUUCCUUUAAUCUUUUUCUUGGCUUUGGGAAGUGCAUCAUUUUAGACCAUUUUACCAAACAUACUGGGAAAUAAAACGAUGUUAGAAUGUGAUUUAACUAGAACUUGCUGUUUUAUGUUAGCAUUACAGGAUCAUGGAACAUUAGGAAAUAUUUUGGAGUCCUUGAGGGUUUCCUCUGAGAUGCUUGAUUUAGUUUUGCUCUGAACUGCAUUGUAAAGCUGGUCCAAGGGCCGUGUUUACAUGCACCAAGUUUUAAUAUACAAAAGUGGAAGCCUUGAAUAGAGUAUGUGGAAAACCACUUCGGACUUGCCCUUCCAGUUCCCAGAGUCCUUGAGCCUCUUCUCUCGGUAGUGUUUUUAACUGUAAAUGCAGACUUGGGAGGGUUCUAGACUUUUGAAAUUUUUUUUUGGUUGGUUUUUUUGUUUUUUUGUUUUUGCUUUCUCCCACUGAGUAGCUCCGGUUCUCCAAGUCGGCUGCACAUGGUAGUUUUGGCAUGCUCCAACUGGUUUCUGUCCUUAAUAUGCUUUGCUUUCUGCAAAGCAUUUCUGUAAUGGUCAAGCUUGUAAAUAACUUUUUUUUUUUACAUUUUAAUCUUUUUCCAUUAAUUAAGAGGUAUGCAAAAAUGCAGUUUAAAGAAACCCCAGUAUUCUAAUUACUUUCAAACUACGUGACAAGAGAAUUGAUAAAGUGUAAAUGUUGGAAAAGCUGUUGAUAAGGUAGAGAAAAUAUGUACCCAAACUAUUGCUUGCAGAACAAGAGAAACCCACAUGUGAAAUCUGGUUUUGAAGCACAAAAAAAAUGUAUUUUAUAGAAUCUUAGACUGGCUUGGGUUAGAAGGCACUUUUACAGACCAUCUAGUUCUAUCCCCCUGCCACAGGCAGGGACAUUUUUCACUAGACCAGCUUCCUCCAAGCUCUGUCCAACCUGGCCUUGAACACUUCCAGGGAUCGGGCAGUAAGUUUCUCUGGACAACCUGUUCCAGGGCCUCACCCUCACAGGGAGGAAUUUCUUCCUAAUAGCCCAUCUAACCCUGCUCUCUGUCAGUUUGAAGCCAUUCCCUGUUGUCCUGUCUCUCCAUUCCCUUGCCAAAAGUCCCUCUCCAGCACUCUUGUAGGAUCCCUGCAAGGUUUUGUAAGGCCACAAUUAGGUCAUCCCAAAACCUUCUCUUCUCCAGGCUGAAUAACUCCAGCUCUCUCAGUUUUUCCUCAUAGGAAUGGUGCUCCAUCCCUCAAAUCGUGUUUGUGGCCUCCUCUGGACUCACUCCGGCAGUUCGAUGUCCUCCUUGUGCCAGGGACCCCAGAGCUGGAUGCAGCACUGCAGGUGGGGUCUCACCUGAGUGGGGCAGAGGGGCAGAAUUCCCCCUUCCUGCUGCCCACAGGGUUCUGUAUGCAGCCCAGUGCACGCAGCUGGGCCAUGUCCAGUCUCUCCCACCAGCUCCCCCAAGUUCUCCCCAGGGCUGCUCUGGAUCUGUUCAUUCCCAGCUCAGAUUGAUCCCAAGGGUUGCCCCAACCCAGGUGCAUCACCUUGCACUGGCUCUUGUUAAGCCUCAUGAGAUUCCCAAGGGCCACUUCUUGAGCUUGUCCAGGUCCCUUUGGAUGGCCCUGUCUUUCAGGUGUGUCACUGCACCCUCAGCGUGGUGUUACCAAACCUGCUGAGGGUGUACUCCAUCCCUUCAUCUAUGCCCUUAACGGUGAUAGUAAAUAACACUGGUCCCAGUAUGGACCCCUGAGGGGCACCAGUCACUGGUGUCCAUCCAGAGUCUGAGCCGUUGACCACUGCCCUCUGGAUGUGACCAUCCAACCAAUUUGAAACAUAUAAUUAACCUUUUGAGUUAUAAUUUCACAAAUACAUUUUCUUUGCUCUAUCUUGUAGUUGUAUUUUGUGUUUAUGAAUCCUAUGUUAAGACAAAAGUGGUGAUUUAUGAGUGGGUCACUGCAGCCCUCAACCUGGGCCAGGAAAUUUUAUUAAUAGGUCAGUAAUUCUACAAUUUUUGAAUCUCUGAUAAAGACAAAAAAAGGAAUAAUGUGAAAUACAAAUGAUGCCUGUAUAUGAAAAUGUCACAUGUUAAAAUAUGUAAGCUUUUUAUAGAGCCUCAGUCUUGCUGAUUUCAAACAAAUUUUUCUUCUAUGUAUCGCUUUUAAGAGAGCUAUCAGUUUAGCUAUCAGACUCUAGGUUGAUGCAUUUUUGUACUUAGCUGUACUGUGUGAUAUUUUUCAUUAUUUUAGGAAGCCAACAUGGGAAAAAAUACUGUUAUAAAAUAUGUAAUGGGGUUUGAAAGCUGGGAAGGAGAAUAUACUGCUGUACAGCUAAUAAAUAAUAACGGAUUAACA